UCGGGACGGCUUCUGGAGAGUCUCGGUGUCCUUGAAUCCCCGCGUAAACCCACAGCAGCUCCAGCGCCAGGGCGACGGGCUCAGGAUGCGGCCAGGACGGACAGGCGGCACGCCGCUGCAGCUGGUGUUAGUGCUCAGUCAAGGCAUUUUAAACUGUUGUGUGGCAUACAACGUUGGUCUCCCAAAAGCAAAGAUAUUUUCUGGUCCUUCAAGUGAACAGUUUGGCUAUGCAGUGCAGCAGUUUAUAAAUCCAGAAGGCAACUGGUUACUGGUUGGUUCACCAUGGAGUGGCUUUCCCAAGGACCGAAUGGGAGAUGUAUAUAAAUGUCCUGUUGAUCUAUCCACCACUACAUGUGAAAAAUUGAAUUUGCAAACUUCCACGAGCAUUUCCAAUGUUACUGAGAUGAAAACCAACAUGAGUCUUGGCUUGACGCUGACAAGGAACAUGGGAACAGGAGGAUUUCUUACCUGUGGUCCCCUGUGGGCACAGCAGUGCGGAAGUCAGUAUUACACAACUGGGGUGUGCUCUGAUGUCAGUCCCGAUUUUCAGUUGCGGACCAGCUUUGCGCCUGCAGUUCAGACCUGCCCUUCCUUCAUAGAUGUUGUGGUUGUAUGUGAUGAAUCAAACAGUAUUUAUCCCUGGGAUGCAGUAAAGAACUUUUUGGAAAAAUUUGUACAAGGCCUAGAUAUAGGCCCCACAAAGACACAGAUGGGGUUAAUUCAAUAUGCCAAUAAUCCAAGAGUUGUGUUUAACCUGAAUACUUUUAAAUCCAAAGAUGAAAUGAUUAAAGCAACAUCGCAGACAUUCCAAUAUGGUGGAGACCUUACAAAUACCUUCAAAGCAAUUCAGUAUGCACGAGAUACCGCUUAUUCAACGGCUGCUGGUGGACGACCAGGUGCUACCAAAGUUAUGGUGGUUGUAACUGAUGGUGAAUCCCAUGAUGGUUCAAAGUUGAAAGCUGUGAUUGAUCAAUGUAACAAAGACAAUAUACUGAGGUUUGGCAUAGCAGUUCUUGGGUACUUAAACAGAAACGCCCUGGAUACUAAAAAUUUAAUAAAAGAAAUUAAAGCAAUUGCCAGUAUUCCAACAGAAAGACACUUUUUCAAUGUCUCUGAUGAAGCUGAUCUACUAGAAAAGGCUGGGACAAUAGGAGAACAAAUUUUCAGCAUUGAAGGUACAGUUCAAGGAGGAGACAACUUCCAAAUGGAAAUGUCACAAGUGGGAUUCAGCGCGGAAUACUCCCCUCAAAAUAAUAUUCUGAUGCUGGGUGCAGUAGGAGCUUACGACUGGAGUGGGACUGUGGUCCAGAAGACACCUCAUGGACAUCUGAUCUUUUCUAAACAAGUGUUUGAACAAAUUCUGCAAGACAGAAAUCACAGUUCAUAUUUAGGUUACUCUGUGGCUUCAAUUUCUACUGGGAACAGUGUCCACUUUGUUGCUGGUGCUCCUCGAGCAAAUUAUACGGGCCAGAUAGUGCUAUACAGUGUUAAUGAGAAUGGCAAUGUCACAGUUAUUCAAUCUCACAGAGGUGACCAGAUUGGCUCCUAUUUCGGUAGUGUGCUGUGUGCAGUUGAUGUGAAUAAGGACACCGUUACAGAUGUGCUCUUGGUAGGUGCGCCAAUGUACAUGAAUGACCUGAAGAAAGAGGAAGGAAGAGUCUACCUGUUUACUAUCACAAAGGGCAUUUUGAAUUGGCACCAAUUUCUGGAAGGCCCCAAGGGUCUUGAAAAUGCUCGAUUUGGUUCAGCAAUUGCAGCUCUUUCAGACAUCAACAUGGAUGGCUUUAAUGACGUGAUUGUUGGCUCACCUUUGGAAAAUCAGAACUCUGGAGCUGUGUACAUCUACAACGGUCAUGAGGGCAUGAUUCGCUUGAGGUAUUCUCAGAAAAUCUUGGGGUCCGACAGAGCCUUUAGUAGCCACCUCCAGUACUUUGGGAGAUCCCUGGAUGGCUAUGGAGAUUUAAAUGGGGAUUCCAUCACCGAUGUGUCCGUGGGGGCCUUUGGACAGGUCGUUCAGCUCUGGUCACAGAGCAUUGCUGAUGUAUCUGUAGAUGCUUCAUUCACACCAAAAAAAAUCACUUUGCUCAACAAAAAUGCUGAGAUAAAACUUAAACUCUGCUUCAGUGCUAAGUUUAGACCUACUAAUCAAAACAAUCAAGUGGCCAUUGUGUAUAACAUCACAAUAGAUGAAGACCAGUUUUCAUCCAGAGUGAUGUCCAGGGGGUUAUUUAAGGAAAAUAAUGAAAGGUGCUUGCAGAAGACCAUGAUAGUAAGUCAAGCACAGCGCUGUUCUGAGUACAUCAUCCACAUACAGGAGCCCUCUGAUACUAUCAGCCCUCUGAAUCUGUGUAUGAAUAUCAGUCUGGAAAACCCUGGCACUAACCCUGCCCUUGAAGCCUACUCUGAGACGGUCAAGGUCUUCAGUAUCCCUUUCCAUAAAGACUGUGGUGAUGAUGGAGUUUGCAUUUCUGAUCUAGUUCUAAAUGUUCAGCAGCUGCCAGCUACUCAACAACAGCCCUUCAUUGUCAGCAACCAGAACAAAAGGUUAACAUUUUCAGUCAAACUGGAAAACAAGAAGGAAAGUGCCUACAACACUGAGAUUGUUGUUGAUUUUUCAGAAAACCUGUUUUUUGCUUCCUGGUCCAUGCCGGUUGAUGGGACAGAAGUGACCUGCCAGAUUGCUUCAUCUCAGAAGUCUGUUACCUGCAAUGUGGGCUACCCUGCUUUAAAGAGCAAACAACAGGUGACUUUCACUAUUAAUUUCGACUUCAAUCUUCAAAAUCUUCAGAACCAGGCAUCUAUCAGUUUCCGAGCCUUAAGCGAAAGCCAGGAAGAAAACAUGGCAGAUAAUUCAGUCAACUUAAAACUCUCUCUGCUGUACGAUGCUGAAAUUCACAUAACAAGAUCUACCAACAUAAAUUUUUAUGAAGUCUCCUUGGAUGGGAAUGUUUCUUCUAUUAUGCACAGUUUUGAAGAUAUUGGUCCAAAAUUCAUCUUCUCCAUUAAGGUGACAACAGGAAGUGUUCCAGUAAGCAUGGCAUCUGUAAUUAUCCACAUCCCUCAAUACACCAAAGGCAAGAACCCGCUGAUGUAUGUGACUGGGGUGCACACAGACCGGGCUGGUGACAUCAGUUGCAAAGCCGAAAUAAAUCCACUGAAAAUAGGACAGACGUCUUCUUCUGCAUCUUUCAAGAGUGAAAAUUUCUGGCACAUAAAAGAAUUGAACUGUAGAACUGCUUCAUGUAGUAACAUCACAUGCUGGCUGAGAGACCUGCAGGUGAAAGGAGAAUACUUCCUUAAUGUGUCCACCAGGAUUUGGAAUGGGACUUUUGCAGCAUCGACUUUCCAGACAGUACAGUUAACAGCAGCUGCAGAAAUUGACACGUACAACCCUCAGAUAUACGUGAUUGAAGAAAACAUGGUCACGAUUCCCCUUACGAUAAUGAAACCCCAUGAGAAAGUUGAAGUACCAAUUGGAGUAAUAGUAGGAAGUGUGAUCGCUGGUAUCCUUUUGCUAUUGGCUCUAGUUGCAAUUUUAUGGAAGCUUGGAUUCUUCAAAAGAAAAUAUGAAAAAAUGACCAAAAGUCCAGAUGAAACUGACGAGAACACAGAACUCAACAGCUGAAUCACCCAGCAGCUCCCACCGCAGUGGGAAGGGGCACACUAGAGCCGGGGGUUGCUAUUCGCAUGAAUGGAUUUUUUUUUUUUUUUAAUCCCAGGGUAAUUUAAAUAAUGUAAUAAUUAGAACUGCAGGUCAGUUUGGAAAGAAAUUGUGAGGGGAUCAGGAGGUCAGGGGUACAAAGGGUAAAAGACUUAUUUUAUAUGGAGGAAAACGUGAUCUUUAUGCUGGCUGGUCCAGAGUUUACAUUAUCAUGUACAUUGUAUCUGAAGCAUGACAUGUUUCCAAACUGGAGAAAUCUUAGAGAAAAAUAUAACCUUUGGGGGUGGGGGAACCCAAUUAUUUAAAACAACUGUUUUUAAACAAGUGGAAGUAGUAGGUGUAGAUACAUCAUUAGCUUGGAUUUUGAUACUGUUGGGGAAAAAAACAGAUCUUCAACUUUUGCUGCUUGUCCAGAGUUGCCACAGAGGACAUUUUCAGUUAUAACUUUGUUUAUAAACGAGGUAAAACUUGCUGUUGUCAGCCCACAGCUCUUUUUCAGAGUUCUGUUUCUUGUGAUGAUGUGCUUAUCAAAACAUGUUUGAUGACUGGUAGAGCCUCCUGCAGACGAAAUCUCUUAAGUGGCGGAGGGUUAGUGGCCUAAAGGGUUUAGAGGCCACAGCACUAACUUUUGUUUAGCAUCUAUAACAUUUAUAGUAAAAUCUUGUCUGCUGGAGUCCCCACUGGGAAGGAGUAAGACAUUUCCUUUCUCCUUUAGGAUGAAAACUGGCUGACCUGGCUGGUAUCUUGUGAGUUUUUGAAAUUUGAGUAAUUGCUUUGGAAUCCUUUCUGCUUCCACAAUGAACCUCUCCCACGUCCUGGUGCCCCCAUAUUCUGCGAGCCCACAGCUGCCCGCCUUCCUCUCCAGGAGUCCGGAGUUUUCCACCCUCCUGGGACCUCUUGUCCAAACCUCCACUCCCAGGGCAGGGGCUCUUCCCCAAGUGUGAGGAGAAAGUCAUCCGUUCCACUUCCCGCACUUGCGUGAAUUACUGUAUAAUCCCCUUAACUUCAGGGAGCUGUUUGCAGUCGUUGCUAAACAUGUAAGAAAAAUUAAGCCCAAGUGAACUUCUAAUUGUUGAUAUUUCAGGCAGGGUAGACAAGGUAAAAUAUAAACAGUCUCAGGAAUUUGCAGGAAAUGACAAGGAGGCCUUAGAAGCCACCUAGUAAGCACCUGCCGUGCUUGUUUCUGGAGAACUUACGUUUCCAGAAGAAAGACUUCAGCCUGGGAGUCUGCUCACCAGAGAGCCUCAGGCCCCCAUUCCUGAUCAUCUUAUUUAGUCAUCGGAUUGGGAUGACGCCUGAUGACCUGUAUUUUAACAAGCAUCCAGGUCCUUAUGAUGUCAACGGGCCACCACGCGGACCACCACCCGUUCCUCCUGCUGUACCUUCUUUUCUCUGUCGGCUUCUAGGUUCAUCCUCUAGGAGGGCCCGAGAGAAAAAGCGCAGAGGCAAAGGCUGUGGGGACUGUUUUCUGUCAGAAAAUACAUACUUAAAGCUUCAGACAAGUCACUCAGCCUCUGAAACUUCAGCGUCCUCAUUAUAAAAUGGGGGAGACUGGGGUGGAGCUCAGUAGUGACACUUUCAACUUUUAAAAACCCAUUGUCUGGGUUUCUUAUAACACAAAUAGACAAUCCUCCCAGAAUGUGACACGAAGUCAGGAAAACAGGCAUGAGCCUGUGUGUGCCUGUGAUGGUAGCGCAGGGCUGUCUGCACAGUUCCGGGAUUCAUUUUGUGUCUGACGAAACAACGGGAAAAGAAACACUUAGCAAUAAAAUGUCAGGGGGUUAUAGCAAAAACGACAUGGUAUUCUCUACAUGUGGUAGAGCCCAAUUCUUGUAACAGCUGUGUGGACUCACUGUUUCAUUCCAAGGAUUGUUUUAAAAAAAGAAUGGAGGGAAACUGGUCAUUACGUUGAUAAAGACUAUUUAAUAAACCGGGUAACUGCUGUAUAUAUAUGUAUACUAGUUCUUCAAAAUAAUAUGCUAAGAAUUCCAGCAUGUCAUCCUCCUUUACCCUGCCUCUAAGCUUCCUUAGAUAAACACUAGAUGGAGGUCACGUGCCCACAGCAGGCUGGCGAGCUCCGGCGGGCCUCGCCUUAGAUGAGUCGCCUUGAUGGCACCGUUUCCACGAAGGAGCUGGAUUACUGCAAACUUAAGUCAGCCACGCGUCUGCACCAUUUAUCUCGCUGGGCUAGGGUCUCUCAGCCCUGGCACUACUGACACCGGGGGCCAGGUAACUCUUCCCGGUGGGGGCCUGUCCCGUGCGUUGUAGGAUGUUUAGCUGGCCUUGGUCUACAGCUCUACCUACCAACAUCAGAGUCACCCUCCCCCUCGUGGCAAUCGAAAAAUGUCUCAGACACUGGCUGAUGCUCCCUGGAAGGUAUAGCUGCUCCAGCUGAGAACCACUGCCCGAGAGCACGUGGCCUUAAUAUACAACUUCUGUUAGCAGACCACAGGUCUAAGGCAGAGGCACCACUGAGGAGUAUUCCCUGAGCACUUUUAGCAAAGGUUGAAUAGUCAUCCAAGAUAUUUAAAAAUUGUUUAAAAAAAAAAAAACAGCUCUGUAUUCCUCUUCAGCCAUACUUUUGUUUUAAAAGUAAGUAGAAUAUAGGGCUUAAAAGAUGUCCUCUUAAAGUUUCCAUUUCAUAAAUGGUAUAUAGACAAUGUGUAUAGAAUGUGGUAAGAAUUGAGUUGCUUCAUGCAUGGCUGCCAUACAAGCUUUAUAAAAUAAUAAAGUAAAACAGUCUAAAGAAACUGCGUUGAAAUUUGAAUUUGUGCAUUUGUUCACUUCAGCAGCAAGCUGAGAAACUGGACAGAUUCCUAACUGGGUGUGUUUUUAUAAAAUAGUGAACAUUUACUGUGAAAAAAAAGUGGAAAACAAUUUAUCAUAAUCACACAAGUGAUUAUACUGAUGGUUAUUACACAAGUAGUUAUUAUAAAAGGUGUAAUUUUAUAGUCUAUUCUGAUAUACAGUUCUAACUUAAUAUAUGACAAUCUCAUAAAUUAAGAUAUCAUAAGCAUUAAACAGGAUUCCUCAAACUUCGCUCCCUGGUCCAUCUUUAAUACAGUUUGCACAUAGAAAAUAAUCAUAUACACAACUUGUAGGAGUAUGCCCUCAUUAAUGCACACUCAUUCUAAUCAAUUAGGCUAAACAUCUAGAGGUAAAAAGUAUAUAUGGGGGCAAUGUUUGAAACAAAAUGUUAACUGUUUGAACCUUAAAGAAUGAAAAUGUAGCCAUUAUGUAAAUAUUAAAAAAUGGUUUCAUAAGUGGUUUAUUUUGGCAGAUAAAGUCAAAAUGUAAAUGUAUAUGUUGCACAAGUACGUUAAAUUGUAUAUUUUUUUAAAGACAAGUUGUCUUGGAUAGUUUCCUUCAUACAUAAUGUAUAAAUCUUUAAGAAUAUUUGCUGUUUUGAUUAAUUGGUUUUUGUCUUUCCACCAAAAAUGUAAAAAUGAAUGUAUGCAUGUUUGUACAUGAAGUGUCACAGUUCAUUUGAUUUCUAAGAAACAAAUUGGAGCAAUAAUCAACAUAAAUUAAGAGCUUUUCUCCUAUUAAAGUAUGAGAAUCAAACAGAAGAGUAUCAUUCACUUGUAAACUACUCUUUACAUAGCACAUUACUGAAUAUCAUUAAAAUCAUUUUGAAAAUAAAGCUAUUCACUUUGGAAUUUGAA